AUGAAAUUAGCAAAUGAUUACAUAAUUACUUAUUUUAGCUUUCUUCUUCUGAAAAAAUGUGAAUCAAUACCUGUUGAUUCAGUAAAAAAUAUUUCAUCAUCCUUGUCUACGAUAGAUUUUAUGAAAAAGUAUGGAUAUUUGGAAAGUGGAAUCGCUAAUUCAGAUGCAUUAUACCAAAAAACUGCUAUAAUAAAUGCAGUAAAAACUUUGCAAAAAUUUGGAAAUAUUCCAAUCACUGGUCAAUUGGAUAACACAAUACUUGAGGAUUGCAUUUAAAAUUUAUUUUUUGAAUUUGAUAUUCUUAUAUACAGCAUUUUUGGAUUCUCGAUAGUAAAACAUUCUCUAUAAAAAAAAAAAAAGUUUCAAUUAAUAUUAAAUAUAACAAUUAAACAAUGUAAUUAAAAUAUUUAUUUGAUUGUAGAACAUAGACUGCGACAUAUUUCCUUUAGAAAUUUUCAUUUAAAGAAAAUUAUGUUGUAGUUAAUGGCAUCUCCAUGAUGUGGCUUUCCUGAUAUAUUAAGGAAAAAAAAAAAUCAACAACGUAAGAAACGUCAUAUAAUAAGCUUAGAAAGUUGAAAAAAAAAAA